GGGAAACGAAGAAGUAAUUUUACGCUUCCUUGCUUACACUAAACCCUAACUCUCCGUUCUCGAUCGCGACCUCUGUUUCUUUCGCAAUGGCGGAUUCUCCUCCAAGAAGAAGGGAUUCACGAUCUCCUUCACCCCGGAAAGGACGAGCCAGAUCCAGGUCAAGAUCUAGAUCCAGGUCGAGGCUUAGGUCCAGGUCUAGGUCACGAUCGUUGCCUAGACCCAUAUCUCCGUUGAGAAGCCGUGGGAGGUCAAGGUCAAGAAGCCGUGGAAGAGGUGAAGUUGAAAACCCUGGUACAACGCUCUAUGUGACUGGUCUAUCUACAAGAGUCACUGACAAGGAUCUUGAAGCACAUUUCUCCAAGGAAGGAAAGGUUGCGUCUUGUUUUCUUGUGAUGGAGCCGCGUACCCGUGUGUCUCGUGGUUUUGCCUUUGUUACAAUGGAUAGCCUUAAAGAUGCUGAGCGGUGCAUUAAAUAUCUCAACCAGUCCGUACUAGAAGGCCGAUACAUAACUGUCGAAAGGUCCCGGAGAAAGCGCCCGAGAACUCCCACCCCAGGCCACUAUCUUGGCUUGAAAAGCUCCAGAGAAAACGAUCGAGAAGGCCAUAGCAGUCGAGGGAGGCACUAUGACCGUGAUGAUUAUAGAGACCGUAGGUCACCAAGACGUGACUAUUCACCUCGUGAUGAGAGAAGGUCUAGAAGAGAGAGGUCUUACUCUCCUUAUGGAAGAAGCCCAGAGAGAAGGUCAGAAAGAAGGUCAGAGAGGUCAGAGAGAAGGUAUGAACCCCGUGGCUCUAGAUGACCUGUUUCAUCUUCUUGACAAAAGAAUUCAACAAAUCACAUCUGUUGAUUUAGGCUGUGUAAUUGAUCAUCCUUAAAAUAGCACAAAGAUUCUGUCAGGCUGACACUUUUGGUUUCAUGUGUUUUCUGUUGUUGCGUUUUAUUCUGUCAGAACUCGGUGAAGUGAAAACUACAAACUCUAACAGCUUCUCUGUUAUGUCGCUACACUAGUUUUUUUUAGUGAAUCGGAAUAUUUUUGUGAUCA